AUGCCCAAACGUAUACCAUUCCACGUUGUCUACGCCACAAGUGAAGACAGCUCGUAUCCAGCAUGCGAGUUAAACGCCCAGGGCCCGGCCGCUCGCGGCUGGCGGAGCUCCGGAAGUCCACCUCACGAACUGCUGCUACGACUAACUUGUGUCACCAACGUCCACAAACUGCAGCUAUUGGCUCAUCAUCAGCUUAUACCGGCCUGCGUGGAGGUACUGGUAUCAGGAGGUCUGGUUUCCGAGGGUGCAGCAACACCAUGUGGCGCCACGUACACCAGCGUUGGAAGAGUCACUCUCGCCAAACCAGCACCACAAGCCAGGUCCAGGGAACUCAGGUCCGCUGCACUGCCAGAACCAACUAUAGCUCGUUUUGUAAAACUGAGACUAUCUGGACCACAUACACCGGCUAAAGAAGAUGAGCAGGUUGCCCUAAUGGCCGUGAACGUGCUUGGUGAAGAAGUUGAAGACCCUGAGAAAUCUCCACCAGUUUCCAAAACUGAGGCAUUAUACUCACCAUACGAUGACCUCGCGUUCGUAAUGUAUGUGGACAACGAGAUAGCUGAUCUAGUUAGGAAUUUGGACGAGAAAAAGAAGACGGCUGUCACCGAGGAACGUUUUGAAUACGCCCGUCGUUUAAAAUCUGCGGGAUCUGCACUCGCAGCCGCCGGCAUCCGCAUCGGUCGCUGGCGACUCCGGAAGAGAACUGCGGCUGCGAGGGACGACUUCGAACUCGCUCGGCGGAUGAGAGAUAGGAUAACGGAUGCAUUGAUUGGAGUGAAAGAAGAUCCGCAGCUAUGUCGGUUAUUUGAAGAGGAUGGGCCGGAUUCCCGCAAUGACUCUUCAAUGCACCAAGAGUAUGACUUCUCGCACCACCUAUCGCCGUCUGUGGCUGCCGGCUCUCUUAGCAUUGACAUGCCAAGUCCUGUUCCACCGAUGGACCACAUCGACGAACCAGAACAACAAGAGAUAGUGUAUGCCAAUGGUGGUGGUGGCGAUGAAGAAGAGACCAAUGAUUUAGCUACAUCACCGAUCCAAACAGUUCAAGAAGAUAUUCAACCGUUACACUCCGAGCCUCCUACUCAAGAAGAUAAAAUAGAAGCUCAAAGGAAUAUAGAAGAAGAAGAACUUAGAAAAGAAACCGAUAGUCCUCGUAGAAGUAUUACGCCUAAUGCUGCUAACGGUACGCUGGUAAGACGUAGAAAUAAAAGUGCAGGUCCAAGGUCCACUUUCGAAGCUUACGAGGAGCGAUUGCUACCAGCUUUAAGGCAUUCGCACACCAACGAGUACCUCCGGGAGGCCCGCGAGGAGGAAUGCAGCGGAGGGAGCGCCUCUCACUGCACUUCUCGGCCGCUGCAGCCGCACAAACUCAACGAACGAGAGAGGAAGCAAGCUGCACUGCCGAUACUCAUAUUUGGAUAUCCAUUGGUGGAGAAGCUGUACUCGAAGAACUUCCUGGACAAGGAGGAGGGCCUGGCGCGGCUGCGGGCGGCGCUGGCGGCGCCGGCGGCGGGCGCGCGCUCGUCGCCCAACAAGACCGCGCGCGCCGCCGCCGCGCUGCUGCAGCGCGCGCUCCGCGACAAGGUGUUCUCCGUCUACAGCCAGGCCAACGAGCUCGUGCGCGCGCUCUUCCAGGACUUCGUGCCGGACAGGGUGUGCGCUGCAGAAGUAGGUCGAUGCUUAGAGAAGUUGGUUCCUGAGCUGUUAAGAGCUUGCGGCGACCCUGCGCCCCGGGUUCAUUCCACAGCCCAGCACACCGUGCUCACCAUCGCAGAUUGUCCAAUGGUCAGGAGUCUUCAUAUAAUUCCUCAGCAACUAGUUCGUCCAGUCACAGCAUCCAUGCAUCCGAGGCUUGCGCUUUCUCGGCUGCAAAUGCUGGAGCAAUUGAUACUCAGCCACGGAAUUUCUACUGACAAAAAUAGCGGGCUGACUGUGCGGCGGGUGGCGGAGUGCGGCGCGGCGGGCGCGCAGCACGCGGCGGGGUCGGUGCGGGCGGCGGCCGAGCGGCUGCUGCUGGCCGCGUACGCGCGCUCGCCGCGCGUCGUGCGCGCCCAGCUCCCGCCCGACGACGCCGUCACCAGGCGGAACCUCAUAUACCGACACCUGUUCCAACAGUUCGAUAGGAUCGACAUGCAGAAAAUGCUAAACCAGGCACCAACUGAGGAACAAUUCCUAAAUGGAGCUGAUCAAUCGUCAGCGGACUCUAUCCAUGAAACUGCCAGCGUCACGCCAUCAAAUCGAAGUGGAACCACCAGUGGAAUGACCACCUCGUUCGGCAUGUCUUCAUCUAUCGGAGCCACUUCCUCAUACAGUUUAAAAUCGAUGGCUUCAAACAUUAGUAGCGGCACUCUAGCACCUUCCAGCUUAAGCGGCAGUUACACUACCUCCAAAACAAAAAGCAGCCUGAAAAAGACCCCAACAAAGAGAUAUACUCCCAGUAGAAUAGCGAAAGACUUCUCUAAUUAUCCAGGUUAUAACAAACUGAGAUUAGACAGUGCAGUUAGCCCAAAGCAUUCGCCUAGACCUACUGCUUCUUCUUCUGAAAAGGUACAUUUCCAAGAGAAUCAAAGAGAAGAAGUUAUUUACCGACGCACAAACCGUCAUUCGGAAAAUCGCCACUCCAUGAUUCACUAUGACCACGACCCAUCAAAACCAGAAUUGAAAGAACGCCCAGUGACUGUAUAUGAACCUUUGCAUCUAGACUACAGAGACUCUCCAAGUUUAGGAUCGCCGAAAACAUCCAGGAAUGACGUAAGGAGUAUGGACUCUUUACCAAUGGACUCGCCAAGGAAUGAUUUGAGGAGUGACUCAGAUUGUAGAAGUUUGGAUUCACCUAAAGUCAGAGCGGAUUAUUUUAGAGACAAUGUACUGGAGUCUCCGAAAUUGGUUGCUGGGUUGAGAAACUUGCAUCUGGAUGAGAGCAGUCAAAUGGAUGAAAGUGGAUAUUACAGUCCAGGUAGAAGACAUAUGCCGACGAACACUGAGAACCAAUACGAAAACUACGAAGGCACUGCUAUGGAGGGUAGUGAUACCACGCCGGAACCGAUAUGCCACACGUCGUGCACGUGGUGCGGGCGGCGAGUGCGAGCGUCGUCUCUGGAGAGCCACUACUGGCGGCGCUGCGUGGUGCUGGCGCGCUGCCCGCACUGCCGGCUCGCGCUCGAGGCGCGCCUGCUGCACGCGCACCUCCUCGAAGAAUGCUCAAUGAGCGAAGGCUCUUGGAAGUCUUGUCAGAAAUGUGGUGCUGCGCUGCGAAUCGAGGAAAGCGACUAUCAUGCCAACUGCAUACCUCUCGGGAUGGACGAGUGGAAGUGCCCAUACUGCUUCACCAACGUGUUGGCGCGCGAUCUACCCUGGCAACGACACCUCAUGCAGUGUCCACGGAAUCCCCGACUAUCACCAUCACAACCCACCUAA